AUGGCAUUUGGUGGAUCCUGGGCAGAUACUGAAGUCGAUAUGGCAUCGAUUUCAGUUCCUAUUGAAAAACCGUACGGUUAUAAUGACGGGUAUUCUCGAAGCCCCGGACUAGGUGGGGCUGGAAAUGUAGGACUUGGAGGAGGGGCUUUUCAAGGCGGUAUUGGUCCUCCAUAUAUAGUGAAGUUACUCAACCUUCCGGUCACAGCAAACGAUGCAUUUGUACAGGACUUAUUUCAGAGCCGGUUUACGCCGUUUGUUAAAUUCAAGAUAUUAACAGACCCUUCAUCCAACAUUUUGGAAACACAUAUUAUCAAACAAGUGGCAUUUGUCGAGCUCGAGUCCGCACAGGAUGCACAAAAAGCAUUGAAAUGGCACGAUUUGUAUUACAAAGGAACAAGAAGAGUCAUUGUUGAAGUUGCGGAUUUCAAUGACUUUCGUCAUUGCAUUCAAUUUAACCAGGAACAUGCCGAUGAGAUUCAUCGUAUUCAACAGGAAUUUUUAUUGCAGAAGCAGCAACUGAGGCAACCAAGACAUAUGGCUUUAUUGGAUGAGCUUGACAAAAGAGGACCGAGAGCUGGGUUUUCCGCGGUUCAUGGCCACGGAUAUCAACAACACCAACACCAACACCAACACCAACACCAACACCAACACCAACACCAAUACCCGUCAUCUCAUAAUCAACCACCAGCUCAUUAUAAUCAACACCAAUAUCCACUACGAGACAUUGGUGGGCCACGUUCUCCGGAAAGAACUUACAAUAGUUCCCACCAUCUGCAAAACCAGUCUUUUGACACUCAAUUUCCAGCCCACAAACCCGGGCUUGCACAACCUACUUUAAGCCAAUUGCACGACAAAACGCAACUAAACUCUCACACGUCUACUGAAGCUCACAAAUCAAAACCCAAUCCAUUUGGUGCAGCAAAACCUGUGGAUACAGUAACAAAACAAAUUGAGAUUGAAAAAAAACUAAUUAAUUUAAAUAAAACCACUGUUCAAACAUUGGGUGAUGAUUCCGAUAUUGACGUCGAGAGCACCAUUAAACAAUUUCACGAGAGCGCUUUACAUCCAAGAAGGGAGAGUUUCAACAGAAGAAUGUCAAAUGAACGCAGACACUCUGUUUCAAUAUUAAGAAGACAGUCGCAAGAAUCAGCGCCAGCAACUAAUCAACACCAAAAUCAUUCACAAACUGCGCAGUCAAACAAUGGUGGUGAAAAGCAGUCUGAAACUACUGCGAAAUAUACAGCAGCACCCUCACCAAGAAACGAAUUCAUAGCCAAUGGUACGGGCAAGUCAUUAGCGCAAUUACUUAGCGAACAAUCAGAUCUUGUUACGAAGUCUUCGGGCAAAAGUACUCCAAAUAAUAUCACUCCAAAACCUGCGACGGCCAAGCCGGUAAUUUUAAAGAAGAAAUCGGUCUUGUCCCCACAACCUCAAAAACUUGAAAUUAAUUCUCAAGAAGGAAACAUCACGACACAAAAAAUAGCGGAGGCAGGAAAAGAAUCGGUGUCGCUGCAGAAAGAGAAACAAUCAUUCACGAACGUAGAUGGUGGAAAUGACAAUAGUAGUUCUCUAGCGGAAAUAGGUGAUGCGAGACUGUCAACAUUGCGAAAGCAGGAAGACUUUAGCAAGCCGCAAAAGCAAGAAGGACCAAGCUGGAGGUUGAGGCAAUCGGGCACUCAAGGUCAAGAAAAACAGGAACAAGAGGAACAGUCGAAAGAAUUAGAGAGAACACAGACUUUAUCACUUGCUGAACCCGCUAGUGAUAAGGGCCAAGUAUAUCAUUCAAGAAAACCAUUGAGAGCAUCAAAAUCUAAACGUGGCGAUGAUGAUAGACCAAAUUUUAAGAAUUUAGAUUUUUUGGUACAAAAAUCCACGCAAAGAAAAAACGCAUCUACACCAUUUCACACUACGAAGGAGUCAAACUUACAAUCAAAUAACUCAUCAUAUGAUACAAAAGGUUCAUCGUCAUUUGAGAAGCAACAACCUACAAUUGCAGGACAUGCUCUGCAACAGCCUUUUGAAGAUGAUUUUAAUUUACCCAUGCAGGAUGUCGACACCGGUUCCGUAAGCAACGAAGAGCACAUACCUAGAAAAUUUCGUUCCUACCAGCAGCAACUGGAUCAAAGCCAAAGACAAACUCAACUGGCCUCAGCCACUCCUGCAAUUUCUUCGACGUCCUUCUCAACACUGGGAGAUACAGUUCCUAACACAAGAGCAGUUUCUGCUGAAGUAACCCUUUCUAAUGUAGACAAUCUUGCAGCUAAUCCAAAAUCUAGUCCCACUCACACUGAAGUAUCAACCGUCGAUAGAACCAUUAACACUAAUGGCGAGCAAGAACAUAAAGCAGGUGAAGUUGAUGGAAAUUUUCCAAAAACGAAUGCAGAUUCAGAGGAAAAAGAGCACCUCGAGUAUGCAAAUGGUGUCCCGCGAUCUCCCUAUAGAGGGCGAGGCAGAGGGUCUGGUCGAAGUCGUGGACCUGGACGUGGGCGUGGACGUGGUAGCGGCAUUGUAUUUGAUGACAACAUCCAUAGUAAUACAACAGGACGCGGUGGUUUUGUAAGACGUGGUAGUGAUGAUCAAGGUGCAAGCACUAUUAGCGGUGAAGAAAGCAGAGAGGUUGAAAGAAGUAACGAAGAAACUUGGAGCAGAGGAAGAGGAAGUGGCAGAGGAGGGAGAGGAUGGAGAGGAGGAAGGGGAAGGGGAAGGGGAAGGACAGGUGCGAGAGGGCGUGGUAGAGGCCAUGGAGGCAUGGGUAGUGAAGGACCAGUAACUGAACUCAGUACCGAUGCUGGCUCAAGAUGA